AUGCCUGCGCCCGAUACGACCCCCUACGUCCACGGCCAACAGUUCGCAGCCCCGGUGCCUACUAUCCCCCCUGUGCCUGGCGCAAGCGGCCGCUCGCUCCUGGUACGCUUCACACGCUCCGUCUUCUGGGCGAUCCUCUUCAGCUCUCUCGGUGUCGUGGCAGGCACGGCACUGAUAACAUGGGAAUACCUACAGCCGCCAUUUGAGCCAGGCUCGGAGAUGGAGCGAGAUCUCCUGGACGAAAUCAUGGAUGCAGUGGAGUUACACCCUCUUGUCGACUCCCUACGUCAGGCAAACUGGAUCGAAGACAACUACUACGCGGGUCACGCCGACUCAAUCGCGACCGGGGGAAUGCACCUCGUGGCCGAGAAGCUGCAAGGCACACAGGGUAUCACCAUGAGAACCUUCAAACACCCUACACAAGAGUUCACCAUGAUGGUCGCGUUCCUGGGCUUCGGCGUGGAAGGUUGGCCGGACGUGAUCCACGGUGGAGUCAUCACGACUCUCAUCCAAGAGGGCAUCGACCGCCAGAUCCACAAUUUCUACGGAAAAUACGGCAAUCAGCACGCACAGGCCAUCUCUGUCGAUUUCAAGAGGCGGAUGAGACCCGGAGAGGUGUAUGCGGUGAUUGUGCCGCCGGCACAAGUGGAAAUGAAUCCGCCGCAGCCAGAAGUAAUGCAUUUGCAGAUGAUGCCGAUGGUGGUCAGGAUCGAGGCGCCGCCCAGAAUCACUCCAGAAGCGCUGACAAUCGAAUUGCCAAGUAUGGAGGAGCUGCAUGCCGUUGCGAAUGUGCAGGUGCGGUUGGUUCAAGACGUCACUCCGGAGAGGAUGGCAGAGCUUGAGGCGGGCUUUGCAAGCCAGAAGAUCGAGGACAAAUAA